UUAUGAAGUAUAAGAGGAGAACACCAUCGAGCUACGCUGUGAAGUAAUAGCUAACUAGCUCGCUAUUUAGAGCGAAAACAUCAAAAUUUGACAUUCACGCAUUCAGGGAAGGAUUGUUCCUAGACCAACCUCAACAUGUUCUACACUUGUGGACCCAAUGAGGCGAUGGUGGUGUCUGGGUUCUGCCGCUCCCCUCCCAUGAUGAUUGCCGGAGGCAGAGUGUUUGUUAUUCCCUGCGUCCAGCAGAUCCAGAGGAUCAGUCUGAACACUCUUACGCUGAAUGUGAAGAGUGACAAAGUGUACACGCGACACGGAGUGCCCAUUUCUGUCACUGGCAUUGCUCAGGUGAAGAUCCAAGGCCAGAACAAGGAGAUGCUGGCUGCGGCGUGUCAGAUGUUCAUGGGGAAGUCUGAGACUGCGAUCGCCCAGAUCGCCCUGGAGACGCUGGAGGGACACCAGAGGGCCAUCAUCGCUCACCUUACUGUGGAGGAAAUAUAUCAGGACCGUAAGAAGUUCUCUGAGCAGGUGUUCAAGGUGGCCUCAUCUGACCUGGUCAACAUGGGAAUUAGUGUGGUCAGCUACACCCUCAAAGAUGUUCAUGAUGACCAGGACUACCUCCACUCUCUGGGGAAGGCCCGUACCGCCCAAGUGCAGAGAGAUGCGAGAAUCGGAGAGGCGCAGUACAAAAGAGAUGCAGUCAUUAGGGAGGCCCAGGCUAUGCAGGAGAAGGUCUCUGCGCAGUAUGUGAAUGAGAUCGAAAUGGCCAAAGCUCAGAGGGACUACGAGCUGAAGAAAUCCUCGUACGACAUGGAGGUCAACACCAAGAAGGCAGAGUCUGAGAUGGCUUACCAGCUGCAGGUGGCGAAGACCAAACAGCGCAUUGAGGAGGAGAAGAUGCAGGUGCAGGUGGUGGAGCGCACCCAGCAGAUCAUGCUGCAGGAGCAGGAGAUCACCAGGAGGGAGAGGGAGCUGGAGGCCAAGGUGAAGAAGCCGGCCGAGGCCGAGAGGUACCGCCUGGAGAGGCUGGCUGAGGCAGAACGCCUCCAGCUCAUCAUGCAAGCCGAGGCUGAAGCCGAAUCUAUUAGAAUGAAAGGCGAGGCUGAAGCCUUUGCGCUAGAAGCUAAGGGCAAGGCUGAGGCUGAGCAGAUGGCCAAGAAGGCGGAUGCCUUCAAGCAGUACAAGGAGGGCGCCAUGGUGGACAUGCUGCUGGAGAAACUGCCUCUGAUGGCAGAAGAGAUCAGCAAGCCGCUCUCAGAGGCUCAGAAGGUGACCAUGGUGUCCAGUGGUGGUUCUGACAUAGGACCAGCCAAGCUGACCGGAGAGGUGCUGGACAUCAUGACCAGGCUGCCACAGACUGUGGAGAAACUGACCGGCGUCAACAUUUCACAGGUUGCUGGAAAGCCAGCCCGCAUGGGCUGAACAGGAGAGAAAUCAACAUAAUCAGUUUGAUUAUCUACACCCCUUCUCUGCAACCACUUCCUUAUUGUACCAUUGUGAUGUCAUAACAGCCAACUUUCCUGUCUCUGUUAGUCUCCCACCUCACCUCCUGUCAGCCUAUGGCUUUUCAGUGAUGACUCAGUGUCAAGUUAAAAAUGUCCAUUGAGACAUACAGUUGUGAAUUCUAAGGUCAAUUAUAUGUCAGUUAUACUGCCAAGCCAUUUCCAGAGUCAUUCACUGUGUAUGGUAAGUGCACUUUACCCCGUAAUGAUAAAAUUACUGUAUCGGAAUGGUGGAGAUGAAAGCUCAUUUCAGUAGGGUGUUUUUUUUUUUUUUUUCAAUCAAAAUGUAAGGGGUUGAAGAAGGAUAAGAUUUAUUUCUCGUAAUUUGUGCCAAUUCCUGUAAAUUCUGAGCUACAUGAACUUUUCUAAGUCAAGUCUCCUGAAACUGUGAGUAACGUCUUACUCCCCCUUCUCUGGUAAAAUGAUUGGCAGCACAACCUGACGUUUUGAGGAUGUUAUAUUUGGAGUAGAAGUAUCUGAUAAAAAAUGUUAAAAGUACAGGAGUACAGCACAACCAUUCCAUAAAACAAGUAGUCAUACAGCUUGCUGACCAUAUAACUGACCAGGUUGCUAGUUUAGGUUUUGACCAAAAGAAAAUGCACAUUUUACUAUACUGGUAACUGUUGCUAUGCAUUAUUUUCCACUUGGCUGCAUGUUGCCUGUGACCACGGGUGCUUGAAAGUGACAGGAAGCCGGCGAAUUAGUGGACUGGAAAAUGUCUCAGGUGUGGAAACAUCUAAAACAAGUGCCUUUUAGGGUUUUGUUUUUUUUAAUAUGAAACUUUCCUUGAAGCGGGUGCCAUUUUUGUUUCUGCAUUUUUCAAUCCAACAUUUUGGCACUGACCUUACCAACAAAACUGUCUGUAGUGUAUCACUUUUGUGAGGUGGGGUGGUUUUCGAUGAGAAAACCCUGUUGCAAGUCAUCACGGUGAUAGUGUAUCAUCCCAGUGCUACUCUGCACAUCUCCCUGUCUGUUUGUCCGUUUCCAUAACUCCAUUACCUGCACGUCAGACUCAGACUUAAACGUUACCACAAACACUGUGUCCUUAAAACCGAAGGGCAAACCGUAUGCAAGGCCACUGCAGACCUGCAUUUCUACAGCCAGUCUUACCCUGUGCCCAACAGGCACUUAUGACCAAACCCACAACCCUAGUUCUCAGCUUUUUUUUUUUAGAUUUUUUUACUUUGGUUUUUGUUUAUUGGUUUGAUUUGGGAGUAAAACUGGAUGAACAGUCUGGAUGAAGAAGUUUUGCUCAUUAUUUUAAGCGUUACCUUGACCAGGGAUGCAUGGUAUUCUGAGAGAUUCCUUAUUUUGUGAAGUGACAACGGGACCCUUGCCAAAAAUUAACAAUGAAGGAUAACAGUACCUGCCCAUAAUUCAUCUGUUCACAAAUGCUCCUGCAAAAUGAUUCAUACUGGCAUUGCCUUAUGGUUGUUGAUAUUGGUAUUUGUUUCUUCUGUUUUACUGAUGAUUAUCAUAUCUCUCUUAUGCAUGAGAUUUUCUAUUUAACUUUUCUUUUAACAGUAUAUUUGGUGCAUUUUUAGUACAUUGUUUUUGUGAGAACUGAACAAAUUUUAGACUCUUUUGGUUUGUAAAUUGAGAAUUGUUGCAAAUCCAGAAUUUUAGUCAUCAACUGAUCCUGGACUGGGAAGUGCCUAAUGAUGGAGUUACGAGCUGAAGUAUACUCACAGAUUUUUACAUUUUCUUUGUGUAGUAUGUUAGUUUGCAGUUGAUUAGUUAUAUGUCUAUGGGCUUUUAGUUUAUCUAUGCUGUUCGUAACAAAUGUCAGGCUAGACUGCCGAAAAGCAUGUAAAUGCUUUACAAAGUGGUGCAAGUUAAAAAGGGAGGAAGUGGUUGGUGGGAAGGUACAGAGAAGGAAGAGUGGGGCAUUAUAUUGACUUGAAAAGGAUGGGCGGGUGUUUUAUGAGUGUGGUAUAUUGCCAUGGUCUGUCUUUGAAGCACUGCUGUAGAAAAGUAGGUCAGUCUGGCACCUUGUUCACAUUGAAACGUGUUCGGUAGAGAGAAACGAUCUCGCGUGGUGUGAAUGAAACCUGCAGCACAUUUUCAUGUUUGCGUUUCUCGUUAACGGUAAGAAGGAACACAGGAUCUGAGCUGGGAAUUGUACACUGAGGUAUUGGGCUGUCGUGAAGUUUGUUCCGCCAAAAGUUUGUUUGUAGUCCGGGAUGCGGUUGCUUUGCCUCUACAUGGGAUGGCAGCAGUGCACUUAGUUACUGCCUCUAGAACUGCGUGCCUCAGAGAUGUUAUAUGCAUACGCAAGAGUUUUCUUGUCAUUGAGAAGUGCCUUCAUUCGGUAGUCUCCUACUCCUACGUAUCUUCCUAUAUUCAGUCCCCAAAUAUGCCAAAACGUUCCAGUCCAGUAGUACUAGUGGCUAUAAUGGUGAGUGCAUAUGCAAUUAACUGUCUUUUGUGUAUUGCAGCCUUGCAUACGUUUUCUAAAAAAACUUUGACAUCUUUUCUAACCCUGACCAAACUUCUUGAUGGAGAUCCAGAAGUUGUGAAUAUUUAUAGUCCAAGCCAUAUAUAUGGAUGAUAAAUUCUGGCCUUAGUGUGUAACAUUAGACUACACUGCUGAUUUCACUAGGGGUGGUAAUGUGUGCCAGAAUCGAAGUUAACAGCAUCUUGGCUUGUUGUAUUUCUUAUGUUUUAACUGUAGUUUGUGAUGAGUUAGCUGUUCAUAUUACCUUGAGUGGCAUAUUAUGGUGUUUCACUCAGUUUAGGAAAAUGCCAACUUGUCCUAUAUGUAGUUUCGGGAUGGCAGAUUUUAUUAA